CCCGUGCGACUGACCCUAGAAUCACGAACUUGUGUCACUGUUCGAGCACAAAUCAGAACACUUUCCUGCUGUUUCUUAUUGUUAAUCUUUGCUGUUUCUUGCAUCGGCCUGCUCUGGGGAUUAAGUCUAGUGUCUCCAAGGAGGUUCAUAUCUGCUUUCGUAUAUGUCGACAUUUGCGUCGUGGUGAUAAUCAGUCUGUAAAAUAUGAAUGCAUCAUCGACAGUGGAGGAGAAGUUCGAUGUCCUCGUACGGCGACAACAAUUCCUGAAUCAAGAUGGUAAACAGGCCAUCAAGGAAAUCCUGAGAACAAAGAAGAAAGCGAAGAUAUUCUGGGGAACCGCGCCAACAGGGAAACCACAUAUUGGAUAUCUUGUUCCUUUGGCAAAGAUUGUUGACUUUCUUAGAGCAGGACUCGAUGUCACUGUUCUGUACGCCGACAUCUACAGUUUCUUGAUCAAUUACCUUCAUCCCCAACCUCGGGAACUUGUAGAACAUCGCAGGAGAUACUACCACUUGCUCGUCACCGCCAUUUUACAAUCCCUGGGCGUCCAAACAUCCCGAAUACACUUCGUGCAAGAAUCAUCCUAUGCAUAUACCAAAUCAUUCGUGUCCGACUUCAGCAGAUGCUGUUCCCUCAUGACACAACAAGAUACUCCAGACACUAUGGACGAAGAAGGCAGAACUAAAACCCUAAGUCCACUACUAUGUUGUGUACACCAAUACCUCGCGGACAUCCAUCUUGACACAGACAUUCAGUUCGGAGGAGAAGAUCAACGUCCAAUCUUCCAACAUGCCUCAAAAAUCAUUCCCCAGCUCGGCUACAGAAAACGCCAAUACCUAAUGAACGCCAUGGCACCCGGUCUCAAAGGCGGCAAAAUGUCUUCUUCAGACCCCGCCAGUGCGAAAAUCGAGUUCCUGGACGAUGCAAGGACAGUCACCGACAAGAUCAUGGAGAUACCCAUUGGAGAAAGCCAUGGUGGAUACUCGACUGACAACGCCGUCUUGGGUAUCCUGCGCACUAUACUCAUACCCCUUAGCGAGCUUCGUUUAGAGCACCAUAAAGAUGAGUUCGCGAAUGAUGCAUUCGUCAGUGCAGAUGCGCCGGAAGGAACAUUAUUUACAAUUGAGGUGGCGAUUUGGUGUUUUGGGGAGUGCGUGAGGAAGCAUUAUAAGAGUUACGACGAGAUUGAGGAGGAUUUUAGGUGUUGGAGGAUGGGUGAGGAGGAUUUGAAAUUGGCUGUUGCGAGGAGUUUGAAUUGUGUGCUAGAGCCGGUCAGGAGGAGGCUUGGGAGUAGUGAGGAGUGGAAGGAAUUGGAGUUGCUGGCUUACCCUUAGGUUGUUCAUAAUACGUGUGCUUGUUUAAGGCAGAGAUGUGUACCAGACCUCACAAUACGAC